AUACAUGUAUUGGGCAUCUUAUAUGGUACAGAAGAAUGAUUGUGUGUUGCUAGAACGAACCGACAAGAUGGUAUUAUUGUUUUGCCUGAUUACUUGUCACCGAUGUUGAAGAAUUAACAAAAAUUACGCAGUGUCUUUAUUUAGAAGACUGUAUGAAUACAUGUACACGUUGCAGCAAAUCGCCACAGAGUAAAGAUCAAGAUGGCAGACUUCGAUCCAGACAACUGUGUCAAAUUAUUCAAACUCGAUGACAGCCAAACCUCAGAUUCAACAGACCCAGAGAGUGUCGUCAUCAUUCCUCUCAGGGAUCAGAAUAUUUUUUCAACAAGUGUCGACGCGCAUAGCAGAGAUUGUGAAGUUAAAACAGACAGCUGCGCUUUUCCCGAAGAUUGUGUCAGUAUUUUACUCAAGUUCCGAAUGGAAUUAGAAGAAUUAUUCAACGAUUGUGGCGAUAUUUUGGGCAUAGCCGCUGUUCUAUGGGAAGAUAUUUCAUGCCGACUUUUCGACAGGGGUUUCCCGGUUACGGGCAAACAAUGCUCGGCCAAAUGGGAUGCUCUUUACUCAGAGUAUGUAAACCUUACUCAAAUCGACGAUGAAAACGAGCUGUCGAAAUCAGCGUUCUUCGCCACAUUUGAGGAUUUCUAUAAACUUAGGUCCAAAUACGUGGAUUCAAAAAUAUUGGAAGAUGUGACUGAGUACUUGAGCACGAGAUCCAAUUCUAGUCCAACUUCUAGUAAUACUGUUACCCCAGCAAAGAAUAAUUCUGAUAACGAGGCAGCGGUGAAAGUUAAGACUAAAAAGACAAGUCUUGAAUUUGAAGAAGAUUUUUCAGUUACGAGUUGUGAGGAUGAUCCUAAUUACCAAAUGUUGACCGAGUCGAUCGAUGUAGCUGAGAAAAUUCUGGAUAAAAACAUCAAAGACUCAGAGAUACAAAGGAAAAUGGCAAAACCUGAUGAGAGACCAUCCAAAGCUCACAGUAAUGUGAGGAAACGGAAGUUGAGUUCGGAAGAUUCAUCAUGGAGGUAUGGUGACAAUUUGAACCACAUGAGUAGCGAAGCUAACGAAGCUAAGGCUGAAAACACAGACUCAGAUGUUGGAAGUACAUUCAUAUCGUCUUUGCAUGAAAAGAAUAAUUGCAAGAAGGCCAAAAUCCCAACCGGAGACGAGUGUUUAUGUAGUAAUCAAGCGACUUUGCGCUAUCCCUGGAACAUUGAUUCGACACAGUGUUUGGUCGACCUGAGAUUGCUCAUCGAAAGUGACAAGCAGAAAAAACAGAGUAUACUAAAACUCUACAGAGGCAUAAACAAGUUUAUCAGCCAGAAGAUGUUUCGGCAUGGAUACCAAGUCUCGGGCACAGAUUGUAAACGAAAAUGGGACCAGUUGAUGAGACAGUACAGCAAAGAAGCAAAAACCGCAUUAAAAAAGAUCUUAGAUAAUCAAAAGCUCGACACGGUGGGCGAAUACUUUUGGCAAAUGGAUAGAGUUUUGAAAAAAUCAGGGCUCGAUAAAUCGAAAAAAAGGCCUGAUGAAGCGGCGGAAUUUUUCUGGAACGAUGAAUCGGUCAGAACUCUGAUCGGCAUAAGAAUUCCUAUGGAAGAUGCCUUUGCCAUGUUCAAGAGAUACGUUAUCUUGUGGCAAUACGUCGCAUCACAGAUGCAGAAGUACAACUUUUCACCGACUUACAGCGAGUGUUCACUCAAAUGGAUGGAACUCUGCGAAUGCUACGAAAUUUGUCUGAAGUCUAUAAGCGGCGGAUAUGUUAAAAAAGACAAAGUCGAUUGGGACUAUUUUGAAGACAUGCACAACGGAUUCGAAAUGAACACUCAGAGUACCAAAACGAUAAUAAAAUACCCGAUGAUGAACGUCAGUGUGGAAAAUCAGAAAUCGACGCCGAAUGAAUUCAAAGAGAAACUCGUCGAUAAUUUAACUCCUUCUAGACUGCAUGACAGUCCAGCUAAAAUUGAAACUGACAGUGGUUUUCAAGAGUUGGAAGGUGCAGAGGAUGGUCGAGAAAUUAUAGGCAGGAACGAAACUAUAUGCACAGAAAACACAACAUUGUCAAAACAGGAAAGAGAAGGAGAUCAAGAUUUGUCUGUAAUUUGUGUUGCGGGUAAAAUUCCGGAACAUGAGUUUCAGCUAUAUACGACAGUUAUCAAGGAGAACUUGAAAAGACAAGAAAUCCCAACAGAAAUUCAAGAGACGGAAUUUUUGAGCCCGUUCAGUGAGCACGAAAAGCAAUUUGAGAACAAUUGGAGAGCCUCUACAGCCCCAGAUUCCAGGACACAGAAGAUGCUUACUGGUUUUGCCGCUGAGAGGUCGAAAUCGUGUAACGAAUGCACAAGUCUUGUCGACGGAGAAGAGAGAAUAAUGCUGUGGUCAAAAGAGGCCACAUUGUCGCUGCUGAAGUUGAAGCUCGACAAGGCAAUGCAAUUCCAUUGUCUGCCCAUCGAUGACCUAAUUUUGUGGAAGGAUAUCGCCUUUGCGAUGCAGAGACGCGGUUACAAUUUUUGUUAUGAAGCUUGUGCGUCUCACUGGGGUCACUUGAAGGCCGUUUACAAUAAGGAUCGUCAGAAGAUUGGCCACAUGAUCUGCUCAGAGGACGGAGAAUUGACUAAACCGAACAAAUCGGAGAACGUUUGUGACCACAGAACGAGGAUUAAAUUCGUGUGGAAUGAAGAGAUGACUAAAAUGCUGGUCAAACUACGAUUCUCUAAAGAAAUUAGAGUUCUGAGAAAAUAUGGCAAGCUGAUCGCCGACGAGAUGAAUGCUGCUGGUUAUCAAGUCACGCCGGCGGAGUGCAGUAGGAAAUUUGCCAGCCUGUGUCACACGUACAAGAAAUUACUGCGUCGAAAAGAGUCUGGAGAAAUUGUCAAGUGGCAGCAUUUCCAGCUGAUGGAUAAGUACUUCAACACUUCAGGAGGUUCGAAUUCUGAAACAAAAAACAGAGAUUCGUCAUUUUUGUGGACGCCUGACAGCGUUGAAAGGCUGAUCAAACUCAAAGCGUUGAUCAAGGAUUCUGCUCAACAAUCGAUCGACGAUCGAUCGCUGCCGAUUUGGAGAAAAUUAGCGGAAACAAUGAAGGUGGAAGGAUUCAAGGUGACACAGAAAGAAUGCGCUGAGCAAUGGAACUUCUUGACCAAAAUCUACUGGAAAAUCAAGAAAGGAAUCGAGAAUGAUAGCCACCUGGUCGUCGGCGAAUAUUUCAAACUGAUGGACAGAUACAUGAACAAACUUGAUGCGGCAAAUGGCGAAAGAUAUUUUGGGAGCAACGAAAUUAACGAUGACAUAGAACAGCCUGUCGACUUCAGUAUUGCAAAGAAGAAAGAGAUACGGGAUGAAGAAUGUGAACACAUUGAGAUGAUAAACGUCGACAGAGAAAUUUUGAAGGAUGAGAGGGAAACUUGUUUUGAAGUAGAGCGGGUCUCUCCAAAUUCACAACCUAUCGAUCAAUCAGCUGUGAUGAAUUUAAGCCUGACAUCAAUCGUUUCGCCAUCUUUGAACUGCGAUUCAAGUUCUUCUUUGGAUAAAAGUGACAGUUUGGCUGGAAAAGAUGGGUCGGGAAAUUCCGGCAUUGAUUCUUUUCACGUCGCCAGCAAUUGCAAGGAGAGAGAAUAUACGCUGGACUCUAAGAUAUCCAAGGAAUGUGAACAACUAGCGUACCCCGAAUGUCUGGCGGCAAAAAUUCAGAAUCCUUGUGCUUACGAAAGUGGAAAUUCUUUACACAAUGAAAAUUCUGUUAUUCAGGGGACUUCAGUAAACCUCAGCUGCCUUGAAAGAAGCAGGAAAAAUCUUUCUUACUGCGUACAAAAUAUGACGGAAAACAAUUCGAACAGAGAAAACGCGGAGGUGGAAAUUUUGUGCAACCAAGAAGUGUGUAGCAAAAUACUUCAUGCCACAAAACCUUGGAACAAUCAGCCAAAACCUUCUAUAGUAUUGGAUGAGCUGUGCUUUUCAGCUUCUUUUGAAAAGAAUUUUAUACCUAUGGAAAACGAGUGUGUUGGUUCGAUCGAAAAUAAUAAAGGGGUACAGGACGAAGUAAUUAAAAAAUCGAGCGAUGCUGAUGCAGAGAUAUUGCACAAUAGUUUUAGAAAGAUGUUGCCGAUAAAAAGAUCACACACCGAUCAGGUGGAUGAGACUGAUUCGUUACCGACUAAGAAAUUCAUCUUCAGUCACUCCGAUAUGUAGUCUGAAAACAAAGGACUGAGUAAUAUUUAAGUUUUGGGCCAAAGAAAACAGUGGGUGAAAUCUAAGUACAAGGUAUUGAUCAUAACGGAAAUA